GGAGUCAGAAGCCUCGGAGAACUUGGAUAGAUCUACAGCUGCAGAAGCAUCUAAGCCUCCGCCGCAGAGCAUCGCACAACAUGUCCAUCCCUCAGUCCGAGGACCAUCUCUACACCUACGAGGAGGCCAUGCAGUACAGCACCUACCUGGAGGAGGAAUUUCCUCUCCCCUCUAAAACCACGGGGGCUCUGAGGAAACGUAGGGAAAGCCGGCUGAGGUCCCAGAUUCUCUCCUUCGAGGAGAUCCAGGAGGUGGAGGAGGAAGGGGUAUCCCCGACCGAGGAGGAGAAAGCCAGGAGGUCCUUCCUGCAGUCCCUGGAGAGUCUCCGGAGGAGCUCCAACCACAAUCGGCUCAAUAAGGACAAACUAAGAGGCUACAAGACCAGUCAGGACUCAAGCGACUCUGAUUCUACCCUGUGAGGGACCACCAGAUGCCUCCACCUCAGGGAUGCCCUCCAUGGUACCAACUACUUCUUCACAAUGAUCCAUGAGUCAAGGGUACAAGGGCUUCUAUCGAUUUCUUCAGCCAUAACAUUGUAGGAGUUGGCAUACAUGUAACUAACUUCUUCAAGGGUCCUCCACUCCUUUAUGAACUUGAAAGGACUCUUCAUUUGGGUCCUCCACUGCUCUAUGAACCUGUAAGGACUCUUGAGUUGGGUCCUCUACCCCUUUAUGAACUUGUAAGGACUCUUGAGUUGGGU